AGCCAGCGACGCGAGUAGCAGAGAGGAGCAGCGCUGGAGCGCGCGUCGCAGCGAGUUGCCCGCCACACGGCAGCGCAAAAGCUCGGCGCCUGCGUGCGCAGUUUCGUCCCGUGCCGGUGCCCACGAGGCUGCCAUGUUAGGCGUCACAAAGGAAGGAAGCUGGCGAGCACGCGCGGUGACUCGGCCCGGCCGGGAAUAGAAAACUCCACCGCCCCCGAUCCAACCUCCGCCUGCUCCGCUCCCCUGCCCGUCCAAUUCCCCCCCGCCGCCCAACUCUCCAGCCCGAAUGGCGGCGGAGGCACGGGCCGAGAGCCCCGCGCCCGCGGCCCCGCCGCCGCCCGUCCCGGAGAAGCGCGCCGCCCCGCCGGACGACGUCGACGACGAGGAGCGGCCCGGGCCGAAGCGGCGCCGCGCGUUCGUCGCGACGCUCGACGGCGUCCCCUGCGCCGCGGCGGCGGCGGCGGCGGAGGAGGACGGGCAGCGCGACGGCCUGUCCUUCUCGUUCCAGCACUCGCGCGGCGGCUUCGUGCCGCUGGAGACGACGCCCAAGUUCGGGUCUUUCAACCCGCCCGCGCCCGCCGAGCAGCAGGAGGCACCCGACCUGAAUCCCGCGCCGCCCGCCGCGGAAGAUUCACCGGCAGUCGAGGAGGACGGAGAGGAUCCGGCGUCGCCCCGCGGCGUUGGGGAUCACCAAGACGGGAAUUCAGAGGCAGUGGCGGCGGAGGUCGAUCAGGGGGAACCGGAAUGUGCUGAUGUACAUCAUCCAUAGGCUACAACCAUUCAAGCCGUCAAUUUCUGCUGCUGUAUAUCAUCUGCAGUAGCUGUCGUUCUCUUCUGUGAUCAUGUGUGUGCUAGUUGCAGCUGUUAGGGAAUGUGUGUAAAUGGAAGUCAACGCUGAUGCUGCGGCUAAUACUGAAGAAACUUUGCCUGAAGCCUCACUAACAACCAGUUCUUCUGUAUAACCAAACUUGAUCUUUUCUCUCGUACAAGGAAUGCGCUGCAUAUGCUAGUAACCUUUUUGCCAAGUUAUCUGGAGACUGCCUGCUUGUAAUACAGAAGAUCCAGCAUUUGCUGGAUAUUUCAGAAAAAAAUGUUAUCUGGAGACUUUUGUGAUUGGUUACGGCUGGAUAUGCUGGCAUUAUAUAUAUACUGUAAAAUAGUUCAAGGGGUUGCUUAAUUCGCGAAUUUUUUUUAAAUAAUACACAUUUUUUUGUUUAUUUUAGAAAUAAUACUCGGUUUUGAGAUAUUUCAGAAAUAAUACACUGUCGGGUUCAGGAAACCCGAAAUUUGAAACUCGGGGUAGAGGAACCCGAAAUUUCAAAAAUCGGGGUAGAGGAACCCGACUAAUCCUGUUUCCGCGCGAAAAAGAAGGAAUUGGGGUAGAGGAACCCGAAAUUUCAGAAUUAGGGUAGAGGAACCCAAAAUUUCAAAAAUCGGGGUAGAGUAACCCGAAAUAUGUGGGAAUCUCGGGGUCGCCUAACCCGAUUCACUAAUAUCGGGUUUCUAAAACCCGAUUCUUUCUUUUCCUUUUCUUUUUCCUUUUUCGCCCUCCCGCCAAAAGAAUAAGUCGGGUUCCUCUACCCCGAUUUUGAAAUUUCGGGUUCCUCUACCCCGAGUUUUAAAUUUCGGGUUCAACGAACCCGACGGUGUAUUAUUUCUGAAAUAUCUCAAAACCGAGUAUUAUUUCUGAAAUAAACAAAAAAAAGUGUAUUAUUUAAAAAAAAAUGCGCACUUAAUUCAAUAAGAUGUUCCUUUGUGAUAUCAAAUUUUCCUAUCAACAAAUUAUGGUGCGACAUGUUCUCUUGCCAUUCUGAGACAUUGAUCAGACCAGAUGAAGACCCGUGUACUGUAACCACAAAACUGCGAGCCGAUACACAACCUCGCUCGGUCAGUCAACAACUGGUGCUGCCUCUGACGGUAAAUCUUCUUUGCUAAACGUGGCGUUUGAGGUGAGUGGUUCUCUGUACCACUCGUUCUCCUCGCGAGUCAGGAAGC